UAAACCAGAAACUACUGCCAAGAUGUCCCGUAAUGAGAAGACAUUACAGUUGUACAUUUAAAUGGAAUACUGCAACAGAAGAGUUACGACAAGUUUGCUAACGCUACAUGAUCUAUUUAUUGUAGUUUUCGUCAUUAGGUGAAAAUGAGUUAAACACUAAACAGCUGUAGAUAGUUGCUGCUCGCUAAACAAAAUUAAUCUGUUUGUGUGUAAAUUAUUAUAGUUUAUCCUCGAUUAAUUUGAUAAAAAAUAAGCCAUAAAAUCAACAAUGCCUUCAAGGAAACGCGCUGCAGGAGUCACAUUGAAGAUCGGGACCUCAAAAGACAGACAAUCAAAUGUAAAGGAUGCAUCACUGAAACAGGACUACAGACACAUGUAACCACCGAGCUGACGAACAGCCCUAACCGCUCCAGGCUGCUCCAGCUUUGACUUCCUGUGUGAUCUCCCCCCUGCAUGCUCCACACGUCGGGUAGGACACGUAUCUGUUAGGACGUCCUCCUCCUCGACGCCUCUUGUCUCCCAGUCAUGUCCAGGUCCAGUCGGAGGUACAAGUCUCUGCAGCAGAGCAACAACGGCGGCGGCUCUCUCCUCGGAUGUGACCGGGUGCGGAUGCCCCGGGCGCGGGUGCUGCUGCUCUGCCUCCUCGGGGCUCUGGUGCUGGCGGUGGUUCUGGGAGUCUACCUGUCAAACGACACCGCCGACGGACACGUGAACCGCGUGCCCACCGCAGAUCUGACCAAAGACCGGUUGGCCCACAAACCCAGCAAGUGCUCUCCGGCUCAAAUCCACCGUCUGGCCUCUCAGGUGGACGGUACCCGCCUGUGGGAGACCCACCUGAGGCCCAUCCUGAUAGAGAGGCUCCCAGGGUCACAGGGCAGCCUGGCUGUACAGCAGCACAUCACCUCCACUCUGUCUUCGCUGUCCGCUGGCUGGGCCGUAGACUUGGACUCCUUCCAGUCUUCGACUCCUCGUGGCCAGGUCACCUUCACCAACAUCGUCGCCACUCUGGAUCCUUCGGCCCCACGCAGGCUGCUCCUGGCCUGCCACUACGACUCCAAGGCCCUGCCUCCAGACCCCCGGGCCCCAGAGAAGGUGUUUCUGGGGGCCAGUGACUCGGCAGUGCCGUGUGCUAUGAUCCUGGAGCUUGUCACCUCUCUGGAUGCCCAGCUUCUAUCGUUCAAACAGCAGAAACUCCCAGUGUCUCUUCAGCUGGUGUUUUUUGAUGGGGAGGAGUCCUUUGAAGAGUGGACCGCCACAGACUCGCUCUACGGCUCCCGUCACCUGGCUGAGCAGAUGGCCAGCACGCCUCACCCUGCCGGCGCCACACAAGCCACCAUGCUUCAGGCUGUGGACCUUUUUGUGCUGCUAGACCUGCUCGGGGGUCCUGAUCCACUGAUUGCUAAUCACUUUGAUAACACGGCGCGCUGGUUUGACCGUCUGAUCGCUGCAGAGAAGAGACUCCAUCGACAGGGUCUUUUGACGUCUCACCCCUCAGAGCAGACGUAUUUUAGGAAGGAUGUGUACCUCGGACCUGUGCAGGACGACCACAUCCCCUUCCUUCACAGAGGUGUCCCUGUGCUACACGUCAUCGCCACUCCCUUCCCACAGUUCUGGCACACGCUGGACGACACAGAGGAGAACCUGCACCGUCCCACCGUGGUGAACCUGACCAAGAUCAUGGCUGUGUUUCUGGCAGAAUAUCUGGGCUUCUGAACACAAAACACUGACAAACAUUGGAGUGAAGGUGCCUCACUUUUUACCCCGUCCUGGAGUGCUCGUGCUAUUUGUCACUGAUGACAGAUAGUUGCUAAAUGACCAGCGUAAAUUGGACCAGCUACCAGCUAAAACUUUACCAAAGACUUGGCCCUGCUGGACUGUCCAGACUCCUUGGUUUCUCGUGAGAGAUGAGUUGAAGACAUCUGUUUAAAUGUCGGGGGAUGCGAUGUGGAUUGAAAGUCUUAAUUCAAAUGUUAAUAGUUCUUGUAUCACGGUACCGGAGCAACAGUUUGGAAAGUUAAGUCUGUGAAUUCAAACACACUCUAUUUGUUAUUGAGGUUUUUUUUUGCUUCAUUCCUGUGAAAAAUUAAGCAAAAAAACAUUAACAUUUAUUUCCCCCAUUAGUACGAUUGAGAUGCACUAAUGUCUUCUUGAAGACAGACUUUGUGAUGAGUUGAGGUCUCUCUGCUGUAAACACUCGUUCAUAUCUGUGAAUAAUUCUUUACCUUCACCUGACCGAGGAUCCUCUUGGCCUUACAACCCACUGUUAUUAAUUCUAGCUAUAUUAUAUGGCUAUACUGCACAUUUUGUGCCAGUUUAAUGAUGCUAUUAUAGUGAAAAUCCAACAACUUUUCAUUUACACCCUGUAAAAGGUGUACUGAAAAGUCUGCAAUAAAGUUUUGAGUUUCUGUUAGAAUUUGAUGCAAUUUUGGGACGUCAAAAACACUGGAAAUUGCGGUUACUAGAAAAUAUUAGUACAUCCAGGAACAUUUUCCCGGUAUAGUCCCAAACUCAGCUCCCCUUUGACAAGUCAAAGAAGAAGUUUUGUUAACAAACAUUACUUGCAAAGUAUCUUUACAUUCAAAAAGGAGUGAAACAGUUUUUUAAUGUUGUACUAAUCAAAAAGAAACAACCAAGUAAUAGAAGUCACAAAUUCAACAUUUGAAAGGCAUGCUCAAUGGAGGCCUCUACACAUGUGAAGUAGAGGACGUGGUGGGUGAGAGAGGGGUGGAGGUGGAGGGCAGUGGUACAGCGGAUGGGGGCUUCCUGGAGGUGAAAAGUCGUUGUCAGAGGAAGGAUGGACUUCGGCUGAGGUUCCUCCAGAGUUUGAUAUUAGGAAACUGAAUGAAGAGAUGAUGAGCGUCAGAAAACUGCACCUGAUCAUGUCUUACAUUACACUGUUAAAUCUUUUGUCAUGUCUUAAAUUGACCACAAGAGGGUACUGCUCUACUAUGUAAAAUUAGACAAAUGACAUGUGUGGCACAAAGUUAAAAAUGACUUCAAUUAGUUUUUUUACAUGAUUUCAGAUUGCUCUAGUUUGGUUCUGUUGUAAAUGCUUUGCAGAUGUUCAUGUUGCAUUAAAACAAAACAAAAACAUU